CGUUCCCUUUCCACUUCCCACUCCCCUCCCUCCCACACGCCUCCGUCUCCCUCCCGGCGGGUGACCCUGCGUCUCUCUUCCCGGCCCCUCCUCGCCACCACGAGGGCGGCGGCGAUGGCCGUCCAGGCGCAGCAGCACCUCCUCUCCCACGCCUUCCUCCCCCACCACGACGCCCUCGGCCACGCCUUCCGGUCGCUCGACGGUGCCGGCGGCGUGUUCCUGGACGAGCUAGGCAUCGCCGGCUGCGUUCCGGCUGCUGCCGCGGCGGGGCCCUCCGGCGACGCCGUGUUCGGGGGUGCGGCCCGCAGCGAGCUCACCUGCAACGGCGGCGGCGAGUACGACGACGGGCUCCUCCUCCCGAGGAAGCGGGCGCGCGUGGCGGCGGGUCUCGUUGAGUGUGGUGGCCAGCAGGGCGGCUUGGUGCUGCCCCUGGCGCCGCCGCCGCAGGGCCAGGCGUUCGCCGGCGACGUGCGGGCCCGGGCCGUCGGGUGCGGCGCGGCGUCCCCCAGCGGCAGGGCGGCGGCGUCCAAUGGCGUCCUCUCGCAGCUCUACCACCAGGGCGUGGAGAUCGACGCGCUCGUGAGACUCGAGACUGAGAGGAUGCGGGUGGGGCUCCAGGAGGCGCGGCGCAGGCACGCGCGCGCGGUGGUCGCCGCCGUGGGACGCGCCGCCGCGGGCCGCCUCCGCGCGGCGGAGGUCGAGCUGGAACGCGCCCGCUGCCGCAACGCGGAGCUGGAGGAGCGUCUGCGGCAGCUGGCCGCCGAGGGCCAGGCGUGGAUGGGCGUCGCCCGGAGCCACGAGGCCGUCGCCGCGGGGCUCCGCGCCACGCUGGACCAGCUCCUCCAGCCGCCCGCCUGCGCAGCCGCCCUCGCCGGAUCCGGCGCCGCCGACGGUGACGCGGAGGACGCGCAGUCCUGCUGCUUCGAGACCUCCCCGCCCGCCGACGGCGCGGCGUCCCGGGGCCCGGCGCCGCCCUGCAGGUACUGCGGCAGCGGCGACGCGUGCGUGCUGCUGCUCCCGUGCCGGCACCUGUGCCUCUGCCGCGCGUGCGAGCCCGCCGCCGAGGCGUGCCCCGUCUGCGCCGCCACCAAGAACGCCUCCCUCCACGUCCUGCUCUCCUGAGGAGGGCCCCGCCGGCGUCGUCGCCGCGGAGGAUGGGCUCGUCGGCUUCCACGUCCCCGCGCGGCGCCGUAAACGAGCCCCGGUGACGCCAGCACGUCCUGGCACGCGAGUCACACGUGACCAUCGGAUGCCGGAAGCUUUUGUUGGAGGAUGCAUCUUGUGGAAAUGCUCCGAGCUGCAGAUUAGGCUGAUCUGACCUUGUGUCUGCUGACUUUUGUUCACUGUUGAUAUGGCCUCUCGCGUUCCUUCUUUUUAAGGUAGGAUUGGGUUGUGUUAAUGAGGAAAUAGACCAAGUUUCGCUAGACAUUGACAGUAUUCUCACUUCUGUGCAUGCCUGAUCCGGUUCAAUGCAUUUUGGAAAAUAUGCUGCGACGCCAAAUUCCUUUA